GGAGGUAUUUCUCACUUCAGCGGCCCCGAACGGUCUUGGGGAUCAGCACAACACGGUCAGCUGAGUCAGUGUUUACCGCGCGGCCCUAUGGCACCCCGGGCACCUCUGGCAGGGCACCGCGCCGGCACCCACCCCCAGGCCAGGCCCAGGGCGAGAUAAUGAGAAGAGAGAAGAUCUUGUGAGCGUCUCCCCUGCUGUGUGUGCUCCACCGUGACAAUUGCUCUGCCUCCUCCUCCUCUGGUGCUGCAUGUCCCCGCCCACGGCCACCCUCACUUCAUUACUAUGGACUUUAGUACGGGACAUCGCUGGCUCAACCCCAAAAGAUUGUACAUGUGUGCGUAUGUGGUGAGGAUACUCUUCUGCUCCUUCAACAACUUGUACUGCAUCCCAGUCCACUUCUGUUGGCUGUUCAUGCUGCAGCCGGUCAAGUGGCUGGCGCCCUCCCUCUACUGGCAGAUUGAAGGUGUCAUGUUCCGGUGGCUGCUGUCCAUGGUGGCUCUGUGGUCCUACAGCAACGGCUACAAUGUGGUGGAGCAGGGUGAUGACAUUUGGGACCUAAAGAAUGAACGGACGCUGGUGUUGUUCAACCAUCAGUCCACGGCAGAUGUCCCGCUCAUCAUGGCAGCCUUCAACUCCCGCACCCAGCUCUUCAACAACAUCAUGUGGAUAAUGGACCACAUAUUCAAGUACACAAACUUUGGCCUGGUAUCAUGGACUCAUGGAGAUUUCUUCAUUCAGGGGGGGAAGGAACACAGAGACUCCUCACUGAUCAAACUUGAAAAGCACUUGAGGAAUUUCUACAUCCCCCGCAAGAGGAAGUGGCUGGUGCUGUUUCCUGAGGGCGGCUUCCUCAAGAACCGCAAACCCUCCAGUCAGCGGUAUGCCCAGAAGAACAACUUGCCGGUCCUGGAGAACGUGUCCCUCCCUCGCGUUGGGGCACUCAAGGUCAUCCUGGACUGUGUGGCGGCAGACAGACACGACGAGAAGAGUGACACUAUCAAGUACUUGCUGGACGUGACGAUAGCCUACCCUGGGGGGGAUCCCCUCGACCUCCCCACCAUAUUUGGGGGAUGGAGACCGCCGUGUGACACUAUUUUCCAUUACCGAAGAUUUGACAUUGAGGAGGUCCCCAAAGAGGAGGAGGCCCUCACUGAGUGGCUGUACUGUCGGUACGUGGAGAAGGAGGCAAUCUUACAGGAGUACUACGACACAGGCAUUUUCCCUGAGGCACCCACACCACAUGCCCCCGGCUACCCAGCGAAAAAUGUGCCCAGACUACGUGGGAUCCAAGUGGUACACGACCCUAUUGAAUUCUUGCUGAGGCAUUGCUUCUACUUUGCCUCGACCUACAUCUGGGUGAACAUCAUUCUUUGGGUGUUCAGUUGUCUGAUUCAACUUUGGUGAUGCCCACAGUCAAGCUAUCAUAGUGUAGACAAUUUGCUCAUCUCUUAUUCAUAAUGAAUAAGACGUGCUGCAACAACGUAGGGCAUUAGUGGAACAAAACUAGUGGAGUUAUAUUGCUGAAGACACAGUGAUAGCCUAGCAGUUACUCCCUCAGUGAGGCUAAACAAGGGCAUGAACUGGGUGUACACGGCGGCGUGUGUGCACAAUGUAGUGUGUUGAGCUGCUUUGUGUCAUGCAGCCGGGUAAUGCAUGCGGCCUCAGCUGGAGUGUAGUGGCUGACAGCAGCAACAGCAGCAACAGAUGGCUUGUAUCAUGUAGUUGCACUUGGGAAAAUAGAGCCUCAGCCUUCAAAUCUAAGUUUUGUGCAAUGAUGAAGUGAAAACUAGCUUUUUACCAUCUUUUUUUACUCUUCAAGUAGGAAAGGAGGUAUGCAUUUUCAUUUCUGUACGUAGAGCAAUAUAGCUUUAAAUAUUUUUACACACUCUUGUAUCACAUUCAUGGCGUCACUGCUGUGUGUAAUUUUACUAAGACUACGGUACUGAGAGGUGUAGUUGUGAAGACUGAAAGGUUUUUAAUCUGUCACCAUGAUAGUCGGGCUCUGAGCAGAAAGCCUCAUCAUAUCAUUGCCAUCAGGCUCCCAGCACCCUUGUUUAGUUACUAGUCUUGUUGUGUAGUCUGCCUUACCGCUGGGGGCUGCCACAACACAGCCAUAAAUUGAAAGCUUCUUCUUCCCCUUUUCUUGUAAUAUUUAAGUGUAAAUGUGAAGCAGGUUAGUGAAGUUGUGGGGAUGAACGUAUCUUGUGAGAAUCACUCUUAUUUUUGCUGUCGCUAUUUAUUCUUGUUACGGUGUUAACUGAGGGUCAGUCUUGACUUCUUUUCCUCCAUAUUCAGAUUUCUUAUUUCAUGUCAUAUGUAAGUAUGACCUUCAAGUUAUAUGUUUUCCUUUUUGCUAUAUUCAAUUUAUUCCUCUACCUCAUAAUGGUGUGGUAAACAUUCGUCAGGUUAUUAUAAAUCCAGCAAAUUGUGGCUCAUUAGUUGACUUAAAGCUUCCCAUUGUUUAUCAGCUUUGAUGCAUUUUGAAUAGUGAGCAGAGUUGUGCCUCUUUCUUCAAAAUUGAACUUCAGCAUUCACAUUGCAUGUUUAUGGCUGUUCUUAAACUCAUGACUUCAUUACAAUACUUCAUUGUCAUCAUCUUAAGAACCUCAUUUUCAAGGAUUAUCAGCAGAUUCAUCUGCAAGUGAAGUAGUUGAAUCAACCGUGUGUUCAGCCACUGAUGAGAUGGCCAGUUCAGGUGAUACAUGGCAGCAUAUUCAUAGUUUCAAAUAAUACAUGGCAAUGUAUUAAUACUAAGUAACAGUGAUUCCCAAACAGAGUUUUCCUCAGAACACUUUGGUCCACUGAACAUUCACAUCAACUACAUGAUAAUUGAUAUAUAAACAAACUGUGAUGAAUGAGUAAUUUCAUUACAGUUGUGGCGCUUAUGAUAAUGAAGAGAUGUGGUCUCUCUCUCUCUCUCUCUCUCAGACACGCCAGUCCUCGUCGACAGACCGACUUGGUCGGCUAGAUUUUGAUCGCCGAUAGAGUCGGUCUGUCGGCACCCUGCUACGGGCUACCUUUGGCUAAGGCCCGUGCUCCCUCGUGCAGGGAGGAGCGAUCUUUUCCAUCUUAACGGGCCGUCUUCGGACAAGGGCCCGUUCCACUAGUGAUACUAGGGGUAAAUCUUUAACAAAAUUUCUCUCUCUCUCUCUCAAGCUAGUUGCCUCAUGCUGGGAAAAACAAUACUCUGGAAAAUGAAAUGGAUUAAUACAUAUUGAAGAGAGAAAGAGAGUUGGUAGGAAAGGGACUGGGUGUGCUGAGAGGUAGUGCCAGGGAAGGGAAAACUGUAGACUUUUCUGCUGUAGCCAUAGACAAAAUUAAAUGCUACAACUACUUAGCAUUAUUCAGUGCUUGCUGUUCUUUCCAUUUGUAGCAUGCUGUGUCUUGAGCUCUGAGGAGCUGUACAUAAACUGUGUAGUUUCUGUUUGCGACAGUUCAUUCAUUCCCAGGGAACAUCUUGAAACAGAAUGAGGCUUGGUUUUGUACCUCCUUUUAUAGGCGGGAGCUUGCUCCUGAUGGUUUAUGAAUAGCAGAUGGGUGUGUGCCUAUUGGGUUCAUGGCUGGGCUACCUAUUGGCUCAUGAGCUCCACCUUCCAAUAAGUGGCUCAAAGGCACACCCAAUAGGCACACACCCAUCUGCUGCUCAUGAACCAUCAGGAGCAAGCUCCCGCCUAUAGAAGGAGGUACAAACCCAAGCCUCAUUCUGUUUCAAGAUGUUCCCUGGGCAUGAAUGAACUGUCCCAAACAGAAGCUACACAAUAUAUGUACAGCUCCUAAGAGCUCUAGACACUGCACAAAGAAUUUCCAAGUCAAUUAGAGAAAACAGAAAAAGCUGAAUAAUGCUGAAGCAAGUGCAGCAUUUGACUUUGUUUUCUUGAACACACACACACACACAGUUAGUGUUCAUUCCUGUGACCUACAUUGAUAUACAUGUAUUUAUGAGUAACUCAUUCCAGGCCCACAGUCAGGACCAGAUAACACUUACAUGGUAAAAACUGGCUUUAGCUGCAUGCCCUUAUCUUGUUUGCUACCACAUGAACUAUUUUGUUGCCAUACUUGUCUUUUUACUAACCUUAAACAUCUUGGAACACCCCAAAAACAGCGUGAGAAAACAGUGAUUAAACAUCUGACCUGGUCAGUCGUGGGCAGUGAUGUAGCCUGAGCUGCCUCGCUGCUCAUCACUAGUAAAAUCCAAAAGGAGUGUUCACGCUUUCCUACAGGGGGGCUCUACCCCCCUUGACCCCCAUCAGGAUCAUUAAAUGACAGGAGAAUAUAUACACUAUACAGGAUAUCUAAACUCCUCUGAAGGCUCGGCUCCCCUUGACCUCGUAGUGCUUGCACACGUCAUGGCUUUGUGCUGCGGCCGUGUGUUUGCACUCACAUUUUAUUGAUAUUUUCCAGGGGCGUGGAGUCGGAGUAAAAAAUUUCUGACUCUGACUCCGACUCAGACAUCAGGAAAUUUUAAAGUUGCAACUCCGACUUCGACUGCGGCCCCCAUGCCCCUCCCCCUCUACUGCUUUUUAUUUAUAUAUUUUUUAUUUUUUUACUUUUUUU